GAGGAAGCGAGCGAACAAAGCGAACCAAGACAGAGAGAAGAAACAAAUACAUCUACCACAAACAUACGUCACUCAUAGAGAGAAGAAACAAAUACAUCUACCACAAACAUACGUCACUCAUAGAGAGAAGAAACAAAUACAUCUACCACAAACAUACGUCACUCAUAGAGCAUCAUCACAGUAAGGAUAGUGCAGAGACUCAGUCGCGUCAAAGCAUCGAGAUUACCUGGAAGACGUAUCUAUAUCUGCCUGAGAUCAAGUCAGGUCCCGCGUAUCAUAGAGGCAUCAGAAGCCUCGUGAAAGCUCCUUCACAUGGGUGCUGGCGCUUGUCGCUCCUCUGCACAGCACGAUGAGAGUGACCACUCGGCUCUGAUUCGCCCAUGGCGCAUUCCGAAUGGAUAUGUUGAAAUGGAGCUGGCUGAAGCUCGAUGUCGAGUGAAAGCAGGAACUAAGGUGUUUGUUCGCUGCACUGCCCCGCAGAGUCUGAAGCUCGUCGAGUACUUUCACUUCGGCGUCUUGCUGGGGAGGGUCGACGGGAGUGACGAUGUCUGUGUGGCGCAGCUGAAUCACGAGGGGAUAGUCAAGGUGCUGCCUUUGACGGAAUUCUGCGGGGGAAAGAAGCUCUUCGCCUCGACACGCGCAUCAGGGCAGCAGCUUCCCGACAUGAUCGCCCGCACCAUGGCGCACGAAGGGAAGACCCACUACAACAUGGCGACAUGUAACUGCGAGCACUUCGCGUCUCUCUGCACUGAGAACAAGUUUGAGAGCUUGCAAGUGGAUUCGUUGAUGGCGAAGAUAGAAUCGUGCUUGACGGGAUGGUACACCGACAGACAGCUCGACAGCUCCUGGCAGCCUCGAACGGCCUGGCGAGACUUCAUCGGUGACCAUGUGGCACUCGCUUGCAACGCAGAAUUAGAUGCGGCCAAAGAAUAUCUGAUCAAGGCGACUCAGAGAAAUCGGAAGGCGUUCUUCAGUAAAGAGAUUGAAGGGGGCUCGGAGGAGGGCAGGGGAUCAUUUGUACUAUGACGCAUAUGUAAAGUCGGUUGAGAU